GCGCUGCCCGAUGCUGCCGCUGCGGAGCGAGUUGGGCCCGGCGGCCGCGGGGGCUGUGGGGGUCCCGCCGCCCAGCCGGCCCCGGGCGGAGCUCAGCCGCUGCAGCGCGCGUUCCGCCGCCUCCUGCGGCGCGACUGUCCCCACGUCUGUUUGUGAGCACUCUGUGCACCAGGAAAGAGAUGCUAGUUACGGAACAAACACACCGGAUGAUUCGGAGGGGAAUGAGAGUGAGGAGAAGGGUGAUGAAGAUAGCGAGAGGGAGGAAGAGUGGGAUACUGACCUUGAAAUAGAAGAAACCAAGGAACCUUUUGACCCAACUGGAAAGACAAGAUAUAUAGCAGCCUGCCAACUAUAUGGAGUGGUACCCAUAUCCUAUUUCCUGCGUCACAUGAAGGACACUGAACUGAUUAUGAAGCACCAUGGGCUUGGCCCACAGGGUGCCAAAGCUUUAUCUCUUGCCUUGAUGACUAACACCUCCAUUGUAAAGUUAAACCUGAGUGAUAAUUGUCUGAAUGGAGACGGGGCAGCUGCAGUUGCAGAGAUGUUAAAAGAAAACUGUUACAUUUCAGGCAAACGUAUUCCUCAGAGUUCUGGACCUUUCCUACAAUGGCUUCAGUAACAACGGCGCAGCUGCCCUGGGGGAGGCCCUUAAAGUCAACAAUGUGUUGGAAGAGCUCAACAUUAGCAAUAACCGCAUUUCACUGGAAGGAGCUCUGCGCUUUGCAGUAGGCCUGAAAGAAAACCGGACUCUGAAGAGCCUUAAUAUGGCCAGAAAUCCCAUGCAGAGUGACGGCUGCUUUGGGAUUCUCAAAUCUAUACAAGCAAAUUCCGGGGCCGUGGUAGAAAUCCUGGACUUCUCCGAGAUCCCUGUGAACAAAGACUUUGCAGACCUGUGUGAUGCUGUGAAAAUGCUUUCCCCAAAUCUUCAGAUCAGACAUGGUGGAAAUGCAACACUGCACAAAAAAGACCAACCAAAGGUUUCCCAGGAAUUUUCGUAACACUAUAUGUGCUCAGUGGAAUCAAAGGUCUUCCUUUUAUUUGUGACUGGAACUGGAUGAGCCUUGGACACCCCAAAAUAUGUGACCCUUUGAUUAUUCCUUCUUUUGAUCUAUCUUACAUUGAAUUGUGGGGGCAGUUACCAUCUAUAAAUUGCCCCUCCCCAGUACCCAAACAAUGACAUUUUCUCCAAGAGGCACCUUGUUGAAUGUGCCAAAGUAUGAGACUGCCCCUACCAUUGUCCUGGUAAAACAGGUUCUUGAUAUUCUGUAUUUUGUUGAAGCUUCACUAUUGGUACAGAAUGAAUGUGUUUGUCUUGUUCAGUGUUGUGGGGAAAUCUGGUUGCAUCAUCUGUGCCAUGGGGAGGAUAGCUCAGUAGUUUGAGCAUUGGCCUGCUAAACCCAGGGUUGUGAGUUCAAUCCUUGAGGGGGCCAUUUAGGGAAUU